AUGGUUCGACAGUUGCAUAUUCAGCCCACGAGGUAUUUCUACGCGGUGGGCAACACGCCAGCCGUGUGUUUGACCCAGUCCUGUCCGCCAGACCAUGACGCGGCGCUGCUCUUGCUUGGCUGUGGGGACGCUCGGAGUGUCCUUUUCACUGCCUAUGCAGAUCCAGGUGCUGGAAAGCGAAACUUGGAUAUCACUUGUUGUGAUAUCGAGACCGAAAUUCUAGCUCGUAAUAUCGUCCUCUACACCCUCAUCCUCAAAGAUACCCAUGACAGAACCGCUCGGAAGAUUUGGAAUAUCUACUACCACAUUUUUCUCGACAAGGACUCUCUAAAGCUGCUUCGGCGUCACGCUGCUGCUCUUGUGGAGGAGGGGGAUACUCUGGAAGAAUGGCACCAAGGCAAGUACGGAAAAAUCAUUCGAUUCAGCGACAGUGGUACGUUUGCUCGGGUGCGACAGGCGUGGGAGUUCUACGCCAUCAGAUCGUCCGAUAAGGACGCAUUUGAUGAGCGUCUGCACCAGCUUAAAUCUGUGUUUGAGAAAGCCCGUAACAUCCAGCGUCUGAUCUCCGAUGGGCAGGCCAUCAUUAAUGCCGCGCGAUCUGUCUCGCCUUGCUUGCCGUCCUCCAUCGACCACCUGUCAGAACUUUACCGCUGGUAUUGGGACAACGGUAAUACCUUGGACGAACAGCCUCAGUCUUAUAAAGAACUGAACCCCAUGUUCGGAGCAUUGGAUAAUCGUCUCAUCGUUCAUUACGGUACUGAUCCUCUCUUGGGAUACCACCUUUCCACUGCCUACACCCCCAUCGAGGAAGGGUCUCCAUUAGAGCCGGACGAGUCUCAGGCCCCCGAGCUCAGGGACGAGUACAGGGUGGCGUUUGAUCAAUUUCGCAUCUAUGCCGAGUCGUUCAGGGCCUUCUCCUCCAAACUAACGCUCCGCUUCGUCCAAGCGGAUGCUCUGGCUCUUUGCCAUACCCUGCAGCACCUUCGUGCGCACGGCGCAACAGACACGGCUCAUUGGUACCGCGACAAUUGGCACUAUGAACCUUUCAACUUGGAUUCUCCAGACUAUGGUCCCCGAAAUAGGACAGAGUCCCCAGCCCCGACAUCCUUUGAUGUUAUCGACACGUCCAACCUGGUUGACCAUCUUGGAUGUAUAAAUGUCCUCGUUGCGACCAGUCCGCUUCUAAAGCGUAAUUCCACAUCUACUCUGCUCACUGAGCUGCUCGUAUUUCACGAAGAGAACAUCGAUGAUGGACUUCAGCGGCUCUUAGGUGGAAACUUGGCCACUGUUUCCCUUCUCCUCAGUCUCAUGCCCAUCCAGUAUUGGACCGGCACUGCAGGGUCUGCCGCAGUCGACGAACUUGGCAAGUGGAUCACGACCCCUACUCCCUCGCAGUCUCGUUACAUUUUGAAUUGGAAGGCCAUCUUUGGAGGAUCCUCAACGACCCAUCAAAACUGCUUUCUCGAGUUUGAUGGCAAGCCCUUGGCAGAUUUGGUUUGGAAGCUUUACAUUAUCAUGUUCGAGGACGAGUCUGAGGGCCCAGGACCCCAGGAUCCAAAGGGAAACAAGAAGAAGUCAUCAAAAGGUCUCGGUAGACACUCGGAGUUUUCCACACCAGCUACCUUUGCGUCCUUUCUUCGCGUAUUGAAGACCCUCCAAUUCGAAGAGUGGGAGAUGUUUAUUUCCCGCCUUUGCCAGCUCAUCGAGCGCGAUGCUACAUCAAAACGAGCACAGAAUUACAAAGAAGACUUGUAUCUGCAACUGCAUCUCCAAGACGUGAAAUGCAUGCCAAAUUACAAGGUCGGGUUGUCCCAGUGGCAAGCUGAAUAUCACGCCUCUCCGUUAUCUUGGAAGGAGCUGCCCUCAGCUGUCUGCGCCACCGUGGCCAUUCCACACUCAAACGUGACCCUUUUUCAGGUCGGAUCGCAGGCAGACUAUGGGACCCCAAUCUUGCAGGUUGUGCUUGCAUCUCCACCCGGUUGGCCGAAGAUAUUUCAACACCAUUUCGCCGGACCACAGAUUGGCUUUGGCACUUUGACCGCUCAAGGCACUAGAUUUACGGAAAACUAUACGAUUAAGGUGCAGAAUGAUCCAAUGGGCUGGGAUGGUACUGCACCAUUGAUCGUCUCCAUCAUGAUUCCAACCUGGUUGGUACUUAUAUAUCCCAGGCUGUCAGCUGAGAUUUCAGUGAGACUUAGACCCAAUACGGCCUUCGCUGAAAAGCUUGAGCAAAAGUUCGGCAAGUCUCUGAAUCUAUUCUCGUCUAGAUUGUCCUAUGGCGAUGUAUAUAUCACCAAACAUCGACCGAACAUGGAAGGAAACACCUCUAUCGCACCACCAAUCCUCCAGCACUACAGUCAGAAAGGAUUUCAGCCAACUACUCUGGGAUUCUACUACGUUCUGAACGAAAAGAACGAAUCCAUAGUCGGGGUUUCAAGUAGGCUUCGCAUUCUUCCCUCCAAGGCGCAAGAUAUCUUUCGCAACAGAGCUGUUGUAGAUAUCAAAACCCCCUCGGCUUUCGAAACCACCGUCACAUACCGCCCGGGUUUCUUCCACCGCACAUGCUUUCCGAUGCCAGUAAAGACAGCAGGAAGUAGCUCCACAGUCAAGCGCAAGGACGCCUAUGUGCAAUUUGAGGCGUCUGUUGCGACGUGGGACUGGCUGAUGAAGUCUCCCGAGGCGGUAUACCCGCUAUCCUUGGGCGACAACAUGCCAGUGAUCCGGAGCUUGCAUUAUAUAGCCCUAGACAAGAUGCCCAUUCUCGACCUCCGGGAAACAACCGAGACCGUCUGGAUGGGCAUUCAUAUGCGUGACAUGUUCUCCGAAAGAGAGCACAUUAUACGCGAACCCGCGCUCAAGAAUCGCGUACGGGUCAAGGAGCUACGGAUCAACUUCAAAAACGGCUUGUUCCAGCUGUUCCUGCAGUACUCAGGAGUCAAGGUUGACCCGAGGCCCAAGUCAUUCGUUCUCGUCCAACUGCCAGCGCGAGAGCGUCGGGUUUACAUCUUCCCCACCGGUAUCCGCCUGGACUUGACUGCCCAGACCAUUGUCAUGGACGCAGCUAUAGUCCAAGUGGCUAGUCACAACGUGAAAGAACUAGAACCCCUGCUGAGCGGACUGAAAACCCGCACCCUUUACGGCGUGGAGGCGGACGAAGACGAAAUUAUUGUCUGGAAACAUGCUCUCGUCGGUUUUGUCGAGCAGGCCCGCACAUGGUCCCAUCAGUCAUCCUGCGAAUACCUGAAAUACGGCAAAAUCCCCAUCUCCCAGCUCCCGGGCAACCCGUUCAUCUGCCACUGCGGCCAGGGUCGCUUCCCAGACGACUGGGAGCCCGAAGAGGCACCCAAAUGGACCGAACUGAAGAAGUAUGCCGUCCGCGCCGCCAUUUCGCCGAGUUUCCCGGUCCCAUUUGUGGAACGGUCCCUCAGUCCCGGUAAUCUGGUGCCUAUUCCUCCUCCCUUCCUGACGGAGACCGAGCUCAAGGAGAUCAGCCAGGAGAUCCGCGAGAUGCACAUGAAGAUGGGGUCAUGCUGGUCGUGUGGAACCCGGGACUUGGAUGACGGGACUCCCCUGCUGACCUGCUCACGGUGCAAAAUGGGACAGUACUGUUCUAAGGAGUGUCAGCGGACGGACUGGUUGUAUGGAAUGCAUCGGAGGUUUUGCAGUGCAUCGUCUAUGUAG